CGUAUGUGGGAUGGCUCUUUAUGCUGGGAUGAGACUCCAGCUGGGACGUCAGUAACACAAAACUGUCCAGAUCACCUUGACCUGGACCCGACUGGAAACAGAGGAAACGAUCAAAUCUUCUGUGUGAUGGAGGUCAUGGGGCUGAUUGUAUGAACAGAGCUCCAAUGGCCAGCAUGGGGCUUGAAGACUCUUGGACGAUUCGAUUUUGUAUUGUAUGUGUGCCGGUCAACAGAACGUUUUUAUGCUGAGCCCUGAAUUUUAAGCUUUUGUUCGUCAGCUGUGAGCCUGCAAGCUGACUGGGAAUGUCCAAUGAAUGCCCUCUUGAGGCAGAAGUUAUACUUCUAAGAAACUUUAGAUUAUUUUGGCUUCCUUUCUACCAAAUCUAACCGCAUUAUAAUGUAAGUGUCCCUGACUAAAGUGCAUAAAGUAAUUGCAUUUUCCGCAUCAUGUCCUCAGCAGAUAUGAUUUAUGUUAGACAGUAUAGAUUUUAAAAGGAAGAUUUUUUAAAUAAAUCCUUAUAAAAGUAUUAACUAUCCAAAUUCAUUGAUUCACUCAGAUAACACAUGGCAAUACAAACAACACUUUCAGUACAUCUCUCAAUAACUGAUUCAUUCAAAUUUCUUGCCAACUGUUCGAUUUUACAAGAUUGCAAUUGAACACAACAUCAUACCUUAAAAUGUGCCCAAUCCUAAUUGUUUGAACUUGAACGCAUCAAUGUUCUUAGCUUUUAGCAUAAACUAGCUCUCUUUCCGAUUUUAACUGUGAUUUGUUUUGAACAAUUACAGACUGUAUUCUCGUGAAAUCCAGUUCAAGGUAAUUCAUUAGUCCAUUGUGUUCUAUCAAUCAGAAUAAAUGGAAACAUAUGUAUUCAUAUUGAAAUUGACUGUGGGACUGCGGGAUGAGCAUUUGUUACAUUGUGAGGAAUGCAUGGCCCAAUAAUGUCUAGUUUGAGAAAUCCACAGUGCAGUCAUGUCUGAUUUAGGAGAUGCAAUAUGAUGGAGGGGAGGGGGGUGAGGAAAAGGACAAAGAGGACUGAAGGGUACAUGAAGAGAAACUUUUAAAAAAAAGAAGGAUUACAAAAAAAGAAAGAGUCCGAGAGAUAGAUGGGGAGAGAUAAUGUGAAUGAGAAGUGUUUUUGUAGACUCAUAAAGCAUCUUCCCAAAAUGCCUGUGACGUUAAGUGUCCCCUUGUGGCUGCUUAUUUGAAAACUGAUGGUGCUGAUAUGAGGCUUCUGGGAGAGACGUACAGUUGGAAGAGGAUGCUGAACAGUUGAUGAGCUGUCGGAGAUGACUAGGCUGAGGCUGCUGUUGUCAGGACGAUGUGAUCUCAUUCAGACCUACACUACAUGUGGUUUCAAGCCGGAGCCGAGAUUUGAGAAUUUGCCAGAAAAAAAGGGAUUUUUUUCUGUUUGACAUAACGUUUGAUGAUGGGUGCCAUGUUACAUUAAUCACAUUCAGCAUCCAAUUUAUGUGUUGGAUUGAUGCUGGAGAAAAAGGCAGAACAAAGAAAAUAAGAGGUUCUCUGCUGGACAUGAACAUCAAACAGAAGCAAUCAUUUGCUUUUUAAUAAGGUAAAGCUUUUAGGUGAAUCAUCAAUGGAGUAUUCAAUUGUGAAGUCAUUGCAUGUUAUUCUUUUUUUACAGAAAAAGUGACCAAAUAUUGUGCCGAAUUUGGUAACUGGGUCGAGACUGGGUCCAAUUGUCAACCAGCUUCAAAGAGCAAAUUGGAGACGGAAGUUCCCCAUUUUUUAUUGGAUGCGCCUGGAGAGCCGACCACAAAGUCCAUAGCGCUUAAUGCAGAAAAAGGCAGUGUUAUGGAAAAAAUGAUCCUUGAGAAUGAAAAGAAAUGCUCAGAGAAAAUUAAGCAAGAUCCGCCUUAUAACAAAUCAGGCCUGCACUGCAGUCGUAAUUGGGAUGGCUGGCUGUGCUGGGAGGACACCGCAGCAGGAACCCACGCUUCACAAAACUGCCCCAAUUAUUUUGGUGACUUUGACCCCACAGAAAAGGUAACAAAGUUCUGUGCCGAGGACGGUCGGUGGUUCCACCGUCCUGAGUCCAGCAUUAUUCGGACCAACUAUACACUCUGUACCACCAACCAUGAGAAGAGACUGAGGAAACUGAAGAUGCUUGAGUACGAAUACAAAUGCCUCCGGAAAAUAAAUCGAGACCCACCUUAUAACAAGUCAGGGUUGCACUGCAGUCGUAACUGGGACGGCUGGCUGUGUUGGGACGACACUCCAGCGGGAACAUACGCCUCGCAGAACUGCCCCGAUUACAUGUUUGACUUUGACCACACAGAAAAGGCUAAUAAGUACUGUGGAGAAGACGGCCAGUGGUUUCACCAUCCAGAGAGCAAUAAGACUUGGACAAAUGAUACUCUCUGUGCUGUCAACACUAAGGAUCGGUUGAAGGCAGCCGCACAACUCUCAGGGGAAACUGAGAUACUGACUGCUGAAGAGGCCACAGUCGGCCCCAUGGUUAACCCAGAGGAACAGGAAGUUGUGAGAAAGAAGAUCCUCGACAGCCAGUACAACUGCAUCGAGAGAAUGCGUCGAGAUACACCUUAUAACAAAUCAGCGCAGCACUGCAGUCGUAACUGGGACGGCUGGCUGUGCUGGGGCGACAGUCCAGCGGCAACAUACGCCUCGCAGAACUGCCCCAAUUAUUUUGUGGACUUUGACCCGACAGAAAAGGCCACUAAAUACUGUGGGGAGGACGGGCAGUGGUUCCGCCACCCGGAUACCAACAGGACUUGGUCCAACUACACACUCUGCAACGAAAACACCAACGCAAAGUUGAAGUCAGCGUACAUCCUGUUCUACAUGGCAAUUGUGGGUCACGCUCUCUCCAUAGCCUCCCUGCUCAUCUCUCUGUCCAUCUUCUUCUACUUCAGGAGCCUGAGCUGCCAAAGGAUCACCCUGCAUAAGAACCUCUUCUGCUCCUAUGUGUUCAAUUCAGCCCUCACCAUCAUCUCCCUCGUAGCUGUGGUCAAUAAUCCUGAAGUUGUUGCCAGAAACCCGGUUGGCUGUAAGGUGCUGCACUUCUUCCACAUGUACAUGCUGGGCUGCAAUUAUUUCUGGAUGCUUUGUGAAGGCAUCUACCUGCACACUCUCAUCGUGGUGGCUGUGUUUGCAGAGGAGCAACAUCUGCACUGGUACUACCUGCUCGGCUGGGGCUUUCCUCUAGUGCCUGCAUCCAUCCACGCCGUGGCGAGGAAAAAGUAUUUUGACGACAACUGUUGGAUGAGUGUCGAAACCCAUCUGCUCUACGCCGUCCAUGGUCCUAUCGUGGCAGCGCUUCUCGUGAAUCUUUUCUUCUUACUAAAUAUUAUAAGAGUGCUGGUGACCAAGUUGAGAGACACCCACCGGGCGGAGUCCAACAUGUACAUGAAGGCCGUGAGAGCCACCCUGAUCCUGGUGCCCCUGCUGGGAAUACAGUUUGUCAUUUUCCCCUGGAGGCCGGAGAACCGCCUGGCUGGGGAGGUCUACGAGUACAUCAUGCACAUACUCAUGCACUACCAGGGAUUACUGGUGGCAACAAUAUUCUGCUUCUUCAAUGGAGAGGUGCAGGCGGCUCUGAAGAGGCAGUGGAUGCAGUAUAAAACGCAGUGGGGUCAGAGGAGGAAGGACCACUGCUCCAUGCGCUCCACCUCCUACACGGCCACCUCCAUCACCGAGGUGCCCGCCUUCAUGUACCACCACGACUCCAACAGCGAAAACUUGAACGGGCGCACCACCGAGGACUCUGAGCUGGUGGCGCUCAAAUCAGGAGAGACGUACGCUUGAGCCACGCUGGAGGAAAGAGAGCAAAGUAGUGGAAACAACCGAAGAACCGAACAACAGAGAUGUACAGAAAGAAAGGAAAACCCCAUGUGCCAUUUCUCAGUGAUUAAAAGCUCACAGGCUGAUGCUGGUUUGUUCAGCCCAGGACUUUGAUCCGAGCUCACUGGGAUGAAGAUGGAGGAGCUACAGUGCUGACACUUCAUUUUACUCUACAUUGCUGUUGCGGCUGCUUUCUGAGAACUUUUGACGUCAAGAACUUGUGGCAUGACAGCUGCUGUGUCACUUCCUAAAGCUGCUAAAACUGUGCUGGUGUGCGAGACAGAAAUAACUGUGACUGUGAAGAAGGAGAGGAAGAUUUCAGUUUGAGACGAUGGCGCCGAAUGUGAGAGUUGUUGAAAGUAGAGGUAGAGCUGAACAGUAUUUUUGAUGGAGGAUCUGCGUAUAACUUCUCCCCGAGUAUCCUCACCAGAUGUUGCCACAUGACUUGCUGUUGUUGGACAGAACAAUAGUUCUCAAUACAAACAAUGGAAGGGAAGUCAUGAAGAUUUUUAAGGUCCUUCCUAACCUCACCGAUACCAAAGGGUACUGAAAGUUGGUCACAGCUACGAAGGGGUGUACCAUGUCCAGCUGAGCAAAGAUGGUGGUACUCUUAAGCUAAAGACACACACACACACACACACACACACACUUCACAAACCUGAUCGUAUGUGCCAUGAUGGAGGUCAAAUUUCAAAAUACCCUCCGUGCUUAAAGCUCUGGAAUUGUGUACAUAGUGUAUGUUCACCAUGUUUCACUUGAAAAAAAAAAAACGUUUAUUUUAGUUUUUUAUUAAUAUUUUAUUCUUGCCAAUUCCUACGUGCGUGCUAAGUGUGUGUCCUGUGAUGCUGCACUCCAAACUGCUUCGUUGUUUUGGCAGUUGCUGUUUUUGUGCCGAUGCUGAACAUCACAGGGCGAAUAAAAAAAACUGUAUUUUGACGUCGAACAGCCGCAAGAGUUGUUUCACUGCGUUUGAGUAUGCCAUGAAUUAUUCUGACUUCUCUGCAGUGUGUCCUAUUUGACUCACUUGUUUUACUUUACAAUCAUCCUUUGUCGCACUCACGAUGCCUUUAUUCAAUCUCCUUUUUUGGUUUAAAAAAGUUAUAUUCCCUGUGUGCAUAUUUAUUCAUGAACUUUGUAGCAUUGUGUAUUAAAGAGCACCCGGGGCAAAGGAAAGGUUCACUAAAGAUUAAAUGAAGAUCACAUCCAUACUGUAUGAACAGUCAACAAAUCCACAUCUUAAAGGCAUGUUCACAAUACUGCAAACAUGAAUUAUGUACACUUUGUCCUCAAUAUUAUAUUAUAAAUGUAUUGUUGCUUUGUCUUAACUGUGCCAUAGGCUUUUUGGAGAAGGAAAAUUGAGAGUAUAAACGAAGGACCACACUGAGUUGAUCAGUAUUCACCAACUUAUAGAACUUGGAUAGAUGCAGUGUCUUCAUUGAUAAAAGUUAUUGAGUAGAUCAUUGAGAUUCUAAACUGAAUAAAUAAGUGCCGACAUUUAAAUUCAUCAAGGGAAAAAAAACAUCCUAGUUUCCGCCUACUUAUUCAGAUGGAGGAAAAAAGGUCCAAGGAAUAUUUGUAAUAUUUGUUAAAGACAAUGUUGUAUGGAUAUGGCUAGUGAUUAUCUGUAUUUCUGUUAUUGAUCGCAAGCCUCUUAAGAAGACAAAACCAACUGUCUGUCAAACUUAACAACUCCCCUAACCUUACUGCCUCUUACAGCAUCCAUUCAUUCUCAAUGAGACUUAAAUCUUUAAAACUUACAGAAAUGUGUUUUUAAAGCCAAGUAAUCUUUUGAAUGGAUGGGCAGUUUAAUAUCUUGCUAAUGCUACUCAUACAGAUGUAAAAAGUGCAUUUUCCCUGGACUAUUCUCCCGCGUGUUAAAACACUGUUGGUGCUCUAGUGAGAAUGUACAGCCGCAGGACAUUAAACAUAUGAUUGACACAAAAUUAACUGCAGUGCCUAUGCUCAUAGUGGCACAGUAACAUAUGCACCUGUGCUGCUGAUAGAUGUGAUUUUAAUCAUUUUGGGGACAACAAUGGAGCUCUAAAGCCCAAAGGAAGGAGCUGAAUCAGGCCUGGCAGAGACAGUGAGACUCCAUUAUUGAUUUUUGUCAUUUCAUGAAGUUUGUAGACAAAUACCCACAAAAUCACAAAGAAAUCAAUCGCAACACAUAAGAGUUUUCUGAAAUCACAUGUUUGGUUCUAUCAAUGCUAAAUGGAUGCUUUUAUGGGUUAUUAUCUGUUUAAUGUUUGUUGAUUUUGUGAUGGAUUUCGUCAAGCUCAGUGGCAACUGGAAUAACAAAAUGUGUGAGAUAUUAGAAGGUUCAAAUGUAUUUUUAAUUUAUAUUUGCAAAAUGUUGCGUAACAAACUGUAUCGGACAUGUUUUAGAUUUGACAUAGCAGCUCCAUGAGACCACAGCUCUGACCGCAAAUCUGUUGACCGAGAUUAGCCACCUCACGUCUCUCAUGCUCUCAGAAAGCUGCUUACAUUUGAUUCAUUUCAAGACUUCACUACCUUCAUCAGAUGUUAGGUUUUUGUAUGUUAUAUAACCACCAUAUUUGAAAUCAUUAACCAUUUAAAAAAAUCACUCUAUUCGGUAGUCCGUUCCAAUCUAUCUCUAAAUGCGCAAGUUCAGUUAUGAAGUCACCAUAAACUAAUUUGUAAUAGGGUCCAUUUCUGGCUCUUCUUUGUUUCCAUCCAAGUAUAUUUUACCAUGGACCUGUAAUGUGAAGCUGAAACAACAUUUGCACAUUUAAUCACAGAGUAAGGCUCUGAAGUUACAGAAUGUAAGUAAAGGCACCUUGUAAUAAUUGGCUUAGAGUUAUUAUUAAACAGAGAUGGGAGAAGUACUCAGAUCUUGUAGUGAGGUAAAAGUACCAGAGUGUAGGAAUACUCCGUUACAAGGAAAAGUCCUCCAUUGAAAAUGUUACUCAAGUAAAAGUACAAAAGUAUCAGCAUCAACAAAUACUUAAAGUGCCAAAAGUAAAAGUAUUCAUUAUGCAGAUUGGUCCAUUUCAAAAAUAAUAUAUAUGAUAUGUUUUGAUUAUACUUAAUGAUGCAUUCAAGUGUUAUCAAAGCUGGUAAAAGUGCAGCUAGUUUGAAUGACUUUGUAUACUGCAGGGUAGCUCAUUAAGUCUUAUGGGUUGACUAUAUUUCACAUCAUUAAUCCAAAUCUGCAAAUUAACUAAAGGUACUAAAUAAAUGUAGUGAAGUAAAAGUAAAUGAUUUACCUCUGAAAUGUAGUGGAGUAGAAGACCUAAGUAGCAAAACAUGGUAAUAUUCAAGUAAAGUACCUCAAAAUGCUACCCAAGUACAGCACUUGAGUAAAUCGACUUAGUUACUUCCCACCUCUGCUAUCGAGACAGAAUAAAAGACGAUUUAACCAGAUAAAUAGACACAUGACAUUAGUGUAAUUAGGUUAUACAAUUAAUGAAGCUCUUAACUUCUGUAGCUGUAAAGGAGCAUUUUAACCAACAGAAAAAAGUGAGUCUUAAUAUGUAGCGUCACUUAAGAAAAUCCCCAAGACAUCUGGACCCGUUGCAAUACAAUGUUUUAAUGACUGUUGAGGUACAAGAAAG